AUGGGGCUGCAGGCUUCUUCUACCGACGGCAAUGACCCCGGAAAGGAAGCUGCACCGACGAAGCCUGCGAGGCCCGUAGACACUGGCGUCCUGGUUUUACUGGGCGCCGGAGUUGGAAGCGCUGCCCAGGGAUUCUUGGGCCCGGCGCUCUUCCUCUCUUCCUGGGCCACAGUCCGGGUGGCAAGGCGCUUCGUCGUUCAAUGCAUUGACGCCGAGGACGCCAAUCGGCUUUUCAGGUAUGCGCCAGACAGCCUCCAGAGAAGGAAGGCAGAGCUUUUUGCGCAGCUUCAUCAUGAGCUCUUCGUUAUGCGGCGAAUUCGCGCGGGCGAUCUGCGCUACAUUGGGCGGCCAGGGGACAGGAGCUGGGAGGCCGGCAUGGACCCUCGCAACGACCACACGCCGAUAACGCUCUUCGACCUUGCGAUGCAAUCCGUGGCGGCGCACCCGAGGGUCAACGAAUGGGUUGGUCAGACAGUUCGCGCUGUCGCAGAGCCGGACAAGGUGGUGUAUCGGAUGCAUGAGGGAAUCUCGGAAGUCUACUUGGGCUGGCACGUCAGAGGAGAGCUGGGCGACGCCGAAGUUCAGGUGAAAGCAACAGGCAGUGUCGUGGACUUCAUCUACAUCUUCCCGCAAGGCCGCGACCAUUACGGCCUGCAGCCGGAAGGCUUUGUGAUCCGCCCCAACGGAGACUCCUGGUCCCAGAAUACCAGCGACUUGCCGAGGUUCAUGAAGCAACCCUUCGGGACGCAUGGCGGCAAGCUGUACCUGGAUCGCGAUGGCAUCUUCGACUUCGAUUACGAGGUUGGCGAGUUCCGCUCUGGUUACGAAGGGGAGAACCAUCCGCGUGUCCGCGCCUACAAGCGCUGGUUUGGUGACGGAUAG